AUGGAGAACAGCAAGCUCAUCUUCAGUCUGGACUGCCAGGACGAGGGUCCUUCAGUGGCUUUCACUAAAGAUAAACCACAGACUGAGGAAUGUGAAUCUGACUUCAGAUUGGGGAAGAAUCUGGACCUGAACCCAAGCUACGGCUUACAGCCUCUCUCCCUGCCUCACUCCCCCUCAUCCCCCAGCUCUUUAUCUGAUCUGUCGGCGUCAACAGCCGGCCCACCCAUCACCGGUGGCCUGGUCAAAUCUUCCUCCAUUGACCUGGAGCCCAGGGAGAGCAGCACCCUCAGAGGCAAACCUCUCCUUAGCCUGGUCAAAUCUCUGAGCACAGAAAUCUCCCGCCGGGUUGAGCCAGAAGUAAAUCUGUCUAAGUCUGACUCCAAGCUCCACAUGCAUCCCUGGAAGCAGCUCACACACCCAAAGAUCCUCGAGUCCAAGCCUGAAGCAAGGGUGCUAAAAGAGAGUGAUAAUUCGGUAUCACCUCUAUCCAGUCUCAGCAUGUCACCCACUGAGCCUCUUGGCAGCUCACUAAUUGCUGAGCUGGAGGACACGAGGAGGAAAUUUUCAGAGGCCAUGCAGGAUCCAUUGAGCAUGCUGAGUAAGAUAAUGGGGGAUGAGAGUUCUGGAAGUCCUAAGCAGGGCAAGCUUUCUGGUGCAUGGGACUCUCCCGCCUCCCAAGGAGGCUGUGGAAGAGAUGGGAGCAAUGAGGAUUCAGAUCUGAGGUGCAGAAGGAAAACGGACAGUGAGCACAGAGGUGUGUGUGAUACUCCUCUCAGAAGGCUCCGAAAAAAUUCAUUAGACAAAGUCACCACUUUGCCAGACAGCCAGCCCCACAGCAGGGAGAGGAAUCUGGAAAUCUGCACUUAUGGGGAUGUGAUUCAGGUGGUGGAACUGCAGAACAGAUCUAGGGAAACGCAUCAAAGGACUUACCCCCAGUCUGGAGUCACACUAUCAGGUUCAUCUCUGCCAUUUCACUGGCUCUUCCCUGUGGGCCUCUUAGCUUACGGGUUCUUUGUGCUCCCCCUGCCUCCAUAUGUGACAGGUCUGUCUGUGGGGGUUGCGUGUGGCUUUAUUUUGGGCUUGGUGAUGGUGUUCAUGUUUGCCCCACAGCACGCAGGCGUCAGAAGCAAAAAGACUUGUCUAAGCAAAUCCAGUUGCAUUAGCAUUGAUCCACUGGAUGGACGGAACACCCAUCCAGAAAUCCUGGAGGGCUGGAUGAAUGAGACAUACAGCUACGACCCUGAGACUUUCCACCCUUCCAUCACACACUCUGUCUUUGUGACCCUGGAUGGCAGCCGUCUGCGCCUGGCUUACCCACGUGCCAACAUCCCCCGGUGGGCAUCGUGUGAUGAGCCACUCCAUGGGGCCGUGUUUUUGCAGUCCCACACGUACCAGUUGGCCAACAGUAAGGUGUGUCUUGUGCCGCCGGGUCUGGCUCGUAAGAGGGUGUGGAACAAGAAGUACCCCAUCUGCAUCACUUUGGCUGAGGGGGAGGUGGGAGAAGAAAUCCUGCUUGAUGGGCAGGGAGAGGAAGAGAUUUCAGAGAGGCACUUGGUCCAGAGCCACCAGUCUCCAGUAACCCUUUUCCUGUAUGGCCGGACUGGAAGAGAGAAGGAGGAGUGGUUCCAGUACUUUAUGUCAGCCUCCAGACUCGAAGUCCAGAGCAGUCUGAGUGCUGAGGAUAGCUUUGAAACAUUGAGUGGUGGAGAGGCUGUCAAGGAAAACACAGAGGAGAUUCCCGACUUGCCAAUUAAAACAAGAACUCUCCUGGACUACAGCAUCUACAUGAUUCAGCUAAUUGGUGCAGACAGAUGCACUUCCAACUCUAGCCCCUGCCACAGUGACAAGGGAAGCCCUUCAACUUGCAAGACGAUUCAUGGUGAGGAGCGUACUUCUGGAGGUGAAACCGGAGGUGACCUCAGCGCAGCAGCUGAGUCAGGAGGAUGCUCUGAAGAGGGACAGCCCGCAUGGGUGAACUCCCUAGUAGGCAGAAUUUUCUGGGACUUUCUCAGAGAGAAAUACUGGUCUGAUCUGGUAGCUCACAAGAUUCAGAAGAAACUCAGCAAGAUCAAGUUGCCGUACUUUAUGAACGAGCUGACACUGGCCGAUCUGGACAUGGGUACCUGCCUUCCUCAGGUCCUUAGCACAUCAAAACCAACGCUGGAUAAUAGAGGCCUUUGGCUGGAGGUGGAGCUGGUGUACACAGGCUGCCUACAGAUGACACUGGAGACCAAAAUGAACCUAUGUAAGCUGGGUAAAGAUGGGGAGGAUGAAUCUCACAGCAUUCCUGAGACCCACCAAAUUGGCUCUAAGCCACGGCUGUGUAUAUUGGCUGAUAGUGAUGAAGAGUCAUCCAGUGCGGGUUCCUCUGAUGAAGAAGAAGUCCCCCUAUCUGAACCACAGGGGCCUCUGGGAGAUAAAAGCUCUGUAAUGGGAGCUGAGGGGCAUGGUGGCAGCACAGGGAGGAAAAUCCUCCGAUUUGUUGACAAGAUAGCAAAAUCCAAGUAUUUCCAGAAGGCCACAGAAAAUGAAUACAUCAAGAAGAAGAUAGCUGAAGUUUCCAACAUGCCUCUGAUGCUCAGUGUCGAGGUCCUGGAGCUCUCUGGGACACUGGCCAUAAACAUUCCUCCUCCCCCCACCGACAGAAUAUGGUACAGUUUCAAAGUGCUGCCCAGGUUAGACCUCCAUGUGCGUCCCAUGCUCGGAGAAAGGGAGGUCACUUUCACUCACGUGACGGAGUGGAUUGAGAAAAAACUGCAGUGUGAGUUCCAGAAAGUGUUUGUAAUGCCAAACAUGGAUGAUAUUUAUUUGCCCCUAAUGACUUCUGGCCUGGACAACCCACCCACGUCCCACCAGCCAUCAGUACAUUCCUCAUCCCAGCAGUCCUCCAUGGAGUCUCAGGACUACCUGUCAGAAUAA